GCGGGGUGUCCAGCCUCCGGCAGCUCCCCAGACCCCGGGCUGCUUCUUGUGGGGAAGGGGCUCCCGCCUGCAGGGCCCCCUCGCCUUCCCCCGGCCUGCUUCCCCUGGAUGUGGGGCUCCGUCCCCAGGGAGAAGAGGAGGACAUUAUUCUGGCCAGAAAUUUAGGAAAGAGAGAGAAUAACUUAAAACGCCAAACAGCAACAACAGUAACACGAAUCUCAUGACAGACUCGGAUGGAAUCUCGAAGUUGAAGGAAAUUAUAAAGCAAAAAGAGCAACUAAAGGUAAACUGAGAUCAAUGGAAGGUGUUCUCGAAGUGGAGACCUCUGUUGAACCAAGAAGCCAGAUGUACCUCUGUCUGUGGCGAAGGUCUCGCUUUUGAAACAAGAUUUGCACAAGAGGUCGGUGCUCACUCUCACCAUGUUCUGGAAAUUUGACCUGAACACCACGUCGCAUGUUGACAAGCUGCUGGACAAGGAGGAUGUGACUCUGCUCGAGCUGAUGGACGAAGAUGACAUCCUCCAGGAGUGCAAAGCGCAGAACCACAAGCUGGUGGACUUCCUGUGUCAGCAGCACUGCAUGGAGGAGCUGGUCAGCCUCAUCACCCAUGAGCCCCCACUGGACAUGGACGAGAAGGUCCGCUUCAAGUACCCCAACACAGCCUGUGAACUGCUGACGUCUGAUGUGCCGCAGAUCAACGACAGGCUCGGAGGGGACGAGGCUUUGCUGAACAUCCUCUACGACUUCCUGGACCAUGAGCCACCCUUGAACCCUUUGCUGGCCAGUUUCUUCAGCAAGACCAUCGGCAACCUCAUCGCCAGGAAGACGGAGCAGGUAAUUUCAUUUUUGCGGAAGAAAGCCAAAUUCCUCGACUUGGUACUGAAGCAUAUCGAUACGUCUGCCAUGAUGGACCUCCUCUUGCGACUCAUCAGCUGCGUGGAGCCGGCUCCGCUGAGGCAGGAAGUACUAAACUGGCUGAAUGAAGCACAGAUCAUCCAGCGGCUCGUGGAGCUGAUCCGUCCCGACCAGGAUGAGGAUAGGCAGUCCAACGCUUCCCAGACCUUGUGCGACAUCAUAAGGCUCAGCAGAGACCAGAGCAGCCAGUUCCAAGAGGUGGCUGAGCCCGACCCACUCCUGGCAGCUCUGGAGUCGCAGGAAUGUGUGGAGCAGCUUCUGAAGAACAUGUUUGAUGGUGAGCAGACAGAGAGCUGCCUUGUGAAUGGGACUCAGGCUCUGUUGACGUUGCUGGAGCCGAGGCGCACCAGUGUGGAGGGGCUGGUGGACUCUUUCUCUCAGGGAUUCGAAAGGUCUUGCACUGUCAAUAGCAGCAUCCUGGGUGGCAUUGAGCCGCGGCUGAAGGACUUCCACCAGCUGCUUCUGCACCCGCCCAAGGCAGCAUCCAUUCUGACGACCAUUGGAGUCUUGGAAGAGCCGCUGGGCAACGCUCGCCUCCAUGCUGCCCGCUUGGUCGCUGCCCUUCUGCACACCAACACGCCCAGCAUCAACCAGGAGCUGUGCCGGCUCAACACCAUGGAGCUGCUGCUGGACCUGUUUUUUAAGUACACGUGGAAUAAUUUUUUGCAUUUCCAAGUGGAAUUGUGCAUCGCAGCGAUCCUGGCGCAUUCUGUGAAUGAAGGCAAACUGGCCCCAAGCGAGGCGGAAGAGAAGGAGGGAGCGGAUGGGAGCACAGCCUCGGGGAACUCAGAAGCUCCGGAGAACAGCAGCAGCUGCCGUCCCGAGAACAUCAUGGUGACCCAUCUGUUCCAAAAGUGCUGCCUGGUCCAAAGGAUACUGGAUGCCUGGGAGAACAACGACAAAAUGCAGGCAGAAGGCGGAAUGAGGCGAGGCAACAUGGGUCACCUGACGCGGAUUGCCAACGCAGUAGUGCAGAAUACGGAGAAGGGCCCCGUCCAGACCCAGAUCAGCGACUUUGUCCGAGGGCUGCCUGAGGAUUGCAGAGGACGGUGGGAGAGCUUUGUGGAGGAGACCUUGAUGGAGGCCAACCGGAGGAAUACGGUCGACUUGGUGAGCACGCACCACCUGCACUCCUCCAGCGAGGACGAGGACGCGGAGGGAGCCUUCCCCAACGAGCUCUCUCUCCAGCAGGCCUUCUCGGAGUACCAGAUCCAGCAAAUGACGGCCAACUUUGUGGAUCAGUUUGGCUUCAACGAUGAAGAGUUUUCCGACCAGGAUGACAACAUCAACGCACCUUUUGACAGGAUUGCGGAGAUCAACUUCCACAUUGAUGCCGACGAUGACAGUCCCAACGCGUCCCUGUUUGAAGCCUGCUGCAGCGAACGAAUCCAGCAGUUUGAUGACAACGAGGAAGAGGAAGACAUCUGGGAGGAGAAAGAAAUCAGCUACACCGCCCAAGUCAAGUCCAGGACGCGGUUUGGCAUUUCCGGCACGUCGGAGGGAUCCUCCAAAAGUGACCUGGAGAACGGAGGCCAUGAUGGCAGCCCAGAGUCUGGGGAGGAGGAGUCCGAACGGGCCGCUGUGCCACAGCCGUCCCCUCCUGCACACGCCGAGGGCAACGGCAGCCUCCCAGAGGACAGGGGGGCAGCAGAGCCCCCUCCUGAAGGGUCUGGGUGGACGACUGCCUUUGAGCCGGUGAACGCCAAGGCCCCGCCAGCGUGUGUGGCCAUGGAUGUUGGAUCCAGCGUGUGGGACUCUGCCACCCCAGACACAAAGACCCCGGAAGAGAGAGGCUGGGCCAAGUUCACAGACUUCCAGCCCUUUUGCUGCCCCGGUUCCAGCGCGAGAAACACCCCCCUUCAGCGCCUUUUCCCUUCCAGCUCGGAGGCCGGCCCCAGGUGCAGUUCCCCCGUGGACACGGAGAGCAGUGAUUUGGAAGGGAAGCCCAAGCAAAGCCAGGACAAGAACGUCAGCGCUGCCUCUCCUUGCGUGUGGAACGUCUGCGUGGCACGGAAAGCGCCUCUGGUGGCCUCGGACAGCAGCUCCUCUGGCGGCUCGGACAGCGAGGAAGAGGAGGAGAAGGCGGCGGGUGUUGUCACGGAAACCAUCAGCACGGGCUCAGGCCAGGAGACCAUCAAGCUGACCAUGGAUGCCAAGAACGAGAAGGCGCUCUUUUCCAGAAUAAUAAGGCCUGGCGCUGGAGGCGUGGGGGGCUCCCAGGUCGCGGACAGGCCACCCAGCACCGUGGAGAGUGGACCCCCCCAGCCCUUGAGCAGCAGCAGUAGCAGCAGCACUGCCGCCGCCGCCAGCCUGCCGCCGGAGGGCCUCCUGCCGGGUUCUCCUGCCCCUGCUGCUGCUGGCGCCACCCCAGAGGCCAAGAGAGACAGGAAAGAGGAGCCGCUGCCGGGAGGAGAGCCCACCUUGAACGGUCCGGCCUGACAGACUGCCUGGGCCCAGGCGGUGGGGACGCAGCUGGCCCUCCUUCGGACAAGCUAACUUAAUUUUGAAUCACAAAUGCUGCGUUGUCGAGAGGACUGGCGCUGGAGAGCCGAGGUGCCGCGUCGGGGUGGCCACCCUGUUCCGAGAGGAGGUCCUCCCUGGGCGGAUGACAUGUAGCAUUGGCCAGGGGCCGCCCGGGUGUCCUGCCGCCUCCUCCUGCCCCGCAGCACCCCUGGCGCACUCUCUGGGGAGGGCGUCCUGCCCCCCCUUGUCUUCUUGCUUCCAGGACCCAGCUUCUCUUCUGGAGGGCAAACGCUGCUCCGUGGACUCUGGCCUGGCAGGGCUGGCGCUGGACGGCCUGGGACAGCCUUUUGUAUAGCAAUAAUGCCUUACCGGAAGCGCUGGCUGGCGAGAGGAGGCAGGAGGGUCCGGAGGCAGCGGCCGGAAGGCAGCGUCGUCUUGCCACACUGUUUUUCUUACUGUUUCAGGGAAGGAGGCCCUGGGAACCUCUGCUCAGCCUUGUCCGCUCUCCUUCCGGAGGCGCCACACCAGCCCCUGGGAUUGGGGCCGCUGGCGCUGGGCUCCGGGGGAGGGAGCAGCCUCCCCACAGAAGGAACUGGGGCUGGGCAUCUCCGGAGGGUCAGACAGGCUCCUGGAAGAGGGUCGGUUUCCCCGGGAUGGGCUCCGCUCUGACUUGGUUUUGUUUUGUAAUGUUCUUAAUGGAUGCAGGAAUUGCAACACUUUGCACUUUGAAUCUUGCCAGCUUUGGAGGUUGGAGGCGGCAGCUCCCCUCUGGCUGGGCUCCUGUUGCUGCUGCCGAGGGGAGAGAGAGGCUUGGCCCAAUGGCUGCUCUUGCCCGGGGGGGGGGGUUCUUCCUCCUCCCAGCCAUGGCAGAAGCUGGCGCCUGGCUGUGCCCUGGGAGGGGACUUAGGAACCGCCUUCAGCCAGGGGGCAGCUGGGGGGGGCAGCCACUCUCCAUAUAUCUUCAGUGGCCGCUUGCGCGUUGCCAGCAACAGCUGAGCUGGAAAUUCAGGCACUGGGGAGUCCCUGGGACUGACGAAAGCAGCUUCUAGGCUGAUUUAAAGGUCUGGCUCUGCCGUCGUUCGGGUGGAUCUCUCCCCUCAAAAGAAACCCCAAGAAACCACCACCAAUUUCCUUUUGGAAAUACUCUCUGUAAAAUGUUGGACUGUGACGCUCCCUUAUUCUGCACAUUGUUAAAUAUUCUUAUUGCGGCCAAGGGCGGCUUCCUCCUGCUUCUUCAGCCCCUCUAAUUGGGGCUUCUGUGACGUCAGGGCACCUGGGCCAUCAUCUCCUGGGGGGAAAGAGUUGUGGGAGGGGGCACCUCCCCUCCCCAUGUAGCUCAGCCUUUCCAUCUGGGGGUCAAUCAAAUGCUGUUGGAUUCCCUUUCUCUAAAAACCAGGCUGUGGCUACAUGGGAAAUCCUGGGAGGUGUCCUGGUCUCCUCUUCUCAAAAAGGAUUGAGGAAUAGGUAUUGUAAAUGGGGCCCCAAACCGAGUCCUUUUGGGGGGGGGGUCUGCCCCUGAAGAGGGAGGCGAUUCCAUCUAGCAAUUGUGGCCAAGCCCAGAUUAGCAAGAGGCCUCUGUGCCUUUGCUGCUGCCCCUGCUGCUGCCUUUAGAGGAGAAUGGGGGGGGGUCUAGCGCCCCACCAGGAGUCAGCAUGGCCAGUGCUCAUCCAGGGGGUCAGAUGUGGCCCAGCACAGACUCCCUGCCUGCAGGGAGGGCUUCAACCGGGGGGGGGGGGUUGCGGCUCAGAAGACGUGACUGGAGGCCAUUAUUCUGGCCUUUUAGUGGGUGCAGCUUCUCUGGAGUCUGGGGACUGACUCCCCCCCCCCUUUGCUCUUGGGCUGCUUUGCUUUUUGCUGCUGCCCCCACUUUCCUUGUGGAAUGAGGGCUACAGGGAGGGACAGGGUUGGGUUCUGCCCCCCUCCCCCUAGAUCCGGGCGGCCCAACUCUUCAUCCCAAGGGGGCCACAAGAGUACUUCAACGUGGAACCUGUGGGACGCACACUGCCUUGUCGCUUGCGGUGGGGGAAGCGAGGCCAAAAUUUGAGGGGGGGGGGCAAUCACUUUUGCUGCCUUCCCAAUUCCAGCUGAGCCAGGCAACAGGCUUUGGGGAGGAGGCAUGAGGCUCUGGCAGGGUCCUAGUGCGCUCCCCCCUCCCUCCCAAAGCGGAGAACGCACUAAGGGGGCUUGGGGGGGAGGGCGAGGACUCUAGGACCCUGUCAGAGCCCCAUGCUGCUUUCCCAAAGCCCAUCACCUCACCUGGCUUUGGGAAGGCGCAUGAGGGCCACCAAAACAGGCCUUGAGGGCCGCAUGCCUUGGACCAUCCUGCCCUAGAGUGCUGCUCUCGUGUGCCAGGUUUGGGGCUGAAAAGUCAAGCUGAGCAAAGUUUCCCCUGCGAGGGAGACUUUGGGAAGGGGUCUCCUGAGCCAGGCCUGGGCCCCUGUGGCAUCUCCCUUGCCAGUCCGAGGGCCUCCUACCCAAAGCACCCUCUGCCAGCAAGGGAUGGGGCGUUUGAGCCCCGGGGUGUUGGUGCGGUGGGGCAGCAGCAGCACCCAGCCUGGUUCUAGUAGCUUUGCCUGGCGGUUGAUUGGAGAGCAACAGGGCCAGAGGUCAAGGCUGGUCCCUGGGCCUUGCUCUCCCCAUUGAGAUGCACCUGUAGGGCUCACAGAACAAGGCAUCCCUCAGCACCUGUGCAGCCAGGGGGUGUGGGGGGUGUAGAGUGGCAGGGGCCACGCUGGCCUGGGAGGAGCCGGCUGGCCCCUGAACGCUCCCCUCCCACAGGGCAGCCCAUUUUCUUCCUCCAUUAAUAGUGCCCCCCCCUCACACAGCAAGGCCAGGGCUGUAAAGAGUCACAUGCCUUUUGCCCAGCACUGAAUACUUGUGGCGUCCAGCAUGUUCCAAAUGUCCUUUGAGCAGAAACUCACAUGGUGGAUUGAAGCUGGAGAAGGAGGUGGGCAGAGGCAGUAAGAAAGAGACACUCAGAGCAUGAGCAGAGAGCCAGACCAAGGCACACCCAUCAUCAGUGGUCGGCUUGGUGGCGGCGGGGAAUCUCUCAUCUUAAGUUCUGGACGUGACUUCAGUUUGCAGUUGCAGCAGCAAGCAGUUGCCUGGUAGGUUGACAGCUUCCUGAGUUGGAAGGGACCCACAGGGGUCAUCUAGUCCAGCCCCCCACAAUGCAGGAAUCACAGCUAAAGCAUCUGACAGGCGGCCACCCAACCUCUGCUUUCAAACCUCCAAGGAAGCACAGCCGGGGGGGACUUCUGCUGUUUUCCCUGCGCAUGAACUGCCUUGCCGUGAACCCCAUGGAAGGUCAGACUUCCCCCCUGAGGAUUGGCGGCAUCUCCGAGCCCCGCUGCCUGGGGGCAGCAGAAGGGUCUUGCUCCGAGACCUUUUCCUCCGGGGCAGGAAAUCCUGUUGGUGUUUGUUCUGCCUUCCCUGCCCAUCUGCUCUCUCGAGCUCCCUGUGGCUUCUCCAAGAACUUCCACUCUGUGUUUACUUCCACUCUGUGACCUCCUUUGCCCACAGCCCUGCUCUGGAGGGGGGGCUCGUUGUCUUCAAGGGCACAGGGAUCAGGCUGGGAGGAGUCGGCCCAUCUUCCUGCACCCAGCCCGCCUCGCAAGGUGAGCGGUGGGCAGCCCGGCUCUGCCUGGAGGUCUGGGCAGGGGGCGACUGGGGGGUGCAGGGCCUGGGCUGCUAAGGGGGGAGAGCUUAGAAUCACGGCUGCUGAGCAAGACAACCCACCACCUCCGCCCUGUAGCCAUGGCCACUUCCUCAACUGCCAAAUUUAAACCCACCUUUUCAUGGUCCUAAUCCACAGAUUUGCAGCUGGAGCUAUCACGACAGGAUCUGUUGCAACUUUUUACAAAAGCAGUCUAUAAAACGAAAUGAAAUGUC